ACCUGGCACAAACAGGAUACAGGAAAUGGGAGAAAGGUCAAUCAAAAGAUCUCACAGCUGGAUAAUGGGCACAAUGUUGGUCCUGUUCAGAACGAGGCCACGUUACAAUGGCAGCGGCACAGGUUUGUGCCGGUCCGUGCGUUCACAUGGAGAAAAUAAAUAAAAUGGUGGGUCGCACUGAGGGGUCACUGCCUGCGAGCAUCGCCGCUGGGAUUAAUAACAAGCCUGAAGCUGCAGAAAGGAAAUCAUUUGAAAUGCUCAAACCAAGUUCAAACCAGAUUCACGCCGAGUGAAUCUGGGUUCUACGACGAGGGUCCGACAGCGCCGGCACACGCCGUGCCCCCGUACGGAGCGCCGGGAAGGCGCCGUGUCUUGUCCUACACACUGCGCUUCAGUUGAUUCUAAUGAGCGCAUAUGACUGAAAUGCAGCCCAUUGCUGGCACACGGAGGUCUGUGCUAAUAACCUUCAGGCCAAACGGGCCGCACAAAGGCGUGUUGUGAGCGGAGGAGUGGGUCUGCGUGGGCCGGGCGGGCGGAGGUCUGGGUGUGGACUGCGACGGCCUCCGCACACAAACACAGCCUGUUUCUAUUUGUUCCACUCACUGGAGGUUUGCUGUUAGCUCGGGCUCCAGGCUGCGUUAGAGUGCACGUGUGAAGGAAGGGACUCGAGAAGCUGCCACUCCGGCCAAACCAGCACAGUCAUCUCAGCUGUGGUCUGAGUCUGUCAAAAAGACAAUUCUGUGUUCUUAGAGUCUCUGUCAGUAAAUCAUAACCCAAGCUGAUAAAACGGAGGCCUCGUGGAACUAAGCUGAGGCGGUGAUGCAGGGUUUCCCUCUGGUUUGAUGAUGUCACAGUGGGGAAAGUGCCCGUGAGCCUUCACAUGAGAAUGAAUGAAUCAUAGACGCCAGAUUUUUCUGCCACAGAGUAAGACGUGAACAGCACAAUGUGUGAAGGUGAGGGUUCUCACACUCGUGUUAGUCGGAGGCGCCUGAGUGGGAGGAGCUAUGCAGAUGGCGUCAGCGGAGCUCUAUUAGUGGCCUGUGCACUUGUCCACAGUCACAGUGGGCUGUUGUCACUCUAACGGAGCCCACAGCACGCGGCGCCAGCACCAGGGAGAACCUCCACAGGACGCAGCCCGCUCCACACCAGUUCUUAUGCCUUUUUCUUUUUUCAGACCGCCUUUUUAAAAUAAAUAUCCGAGGAUGCAUUUUGUGGCGGCUCUGAGUCCUUUUGUGAUUAUGCCUCUAUUUUUGUCACUGGUUGAAGCCAAGUUUUACCGACCAUUCCCGUUCAGCCCGUAUAAAGGGCAGCAUCUUGAGCUGGGGAAACCCACCAGCCGACACAAGAACCACUGCGCUUACGUCGUUGAAAAGACACUUUCCUUCACGGUGCAGGACGGCGUGGCGCCCUAUGUCAAAGCUGAGUACAACAGCAAGUGUUCCUGGGGUAAAAAAUGCCCCACGCUGCUGUACCGGCAGCUGUACAAACCAGUCUACAAGGUGGCACAUAAAACGGUCACAGAGCUGGAGUGGCGUUGUUGUCCCGGGUUCUCUGGUUACGACUGCAUGGACGGACCUCCAGUUUACCAACACCCCAUGAAGUCGAUGCCGCCUUUUAAAGGCCCCCCGAUGAAAGGCCCACAGUUUAAGGGGCCACACUACAAAGGUCCCAUGUUGAAGGGCCCACCCAUUAAAAUGGCUGUGAAAGCCGUCCCGUGGAUGAGACCCAAAGGACCUCCAGUCGGCGGCUUUAAAGCCUACCCAAUGCAUGAGCCCUCCUACCCAGUAACCCACUUUGAGCCUUAUCCAUCUGAGUCAGAGGUUUCACCAGAGCACCAGGAGCCACAACUCACGGACCACAGCGAAGAACACGAGCAAGAACCGGGGCACGAGAAUGAGCCGAGCCAAGGACCCGAGGAACAAACGCUGGACGGAGCCCCUCCUCCUCCCUCAGGGGGUGAACAGCAUGAGGGUGAACAGCAUGAGGGUGAACAGCAUGAGGGUGAGCGCACAGAGCGGGCUCUCGACAGUGAAACAGAGGAAAGAAUAUAUCGAAUGGAGGAGGAUGUGAGGCGUCUAAACCAGGGUCUGGAGACGCUCAGGGCGACGGUGAACGGCCUGGAGCAAAGCCUACGAGCCUCGCUCAGAGAGGACGCCAACAGGAUGCUGUCAGCGCUCCUCUCCGCUGCUCCUGGUCCCAUGCCGGCUCCCGUCGUCGCCUCCAGUUCAUCCACCGUUGGGUUUGUGGAGAUUCCCGGAGGAGACCCUCAAACAGAGGGCCUCGACGGCACAAACGUGUUUCCAGAUCUUACGGACCUUAAUGGAAAGAUAGGGGAGCUCAAGACGGAGCUGCGGGUCAAAACGGCGGAGUUUCACAAGCUCAAAGCGAUGGUGAUGGGACACGACGGGACACUGAAGAAGAUGUCGAACGGCGAGGGAGCGGGAAUGAACUCCACCGGGCGCCUUGAGGGAAGUGCCCCGACGGCCACGGAGACGAUGAUGAUGAAGAUGAUAGAUGAGAAGCUCAGCGCUCAGCGGGCGGACGUCCUCGGCGGCGUUGAGAAGCGAGUGGAGAGCGCGCGGGGCCGAUGCGAGGAGAAGGCCGGCGACGUGCGGCGCCAGUGCCAGAGGGAGCAGGGCGAAGGACGGCAGCAGAUGGAGGACGCCCUGCAGGGAAGCACCACAGACUUGAGAGCGGAGCUGAGAGACGUCCAAGCUCAAAUCCAUGGGUUAAAGACGGCGGGAACCUGCUGUGGCAGAAUGGACGGGCUGAUUGAGAGGGUGCAGCAGCUGGAGACGUCAGUGGCAGGUAUCAACCAGUCCCAGGGUCACCUGAGAGUGGAGCUGGGGGGACACAAGGACCACAUAGAGGGGAUACUGGAGGGGCGUCUGGGGUAUUUAGAAGACAAGCUUAAUGUGAGCGGGCAGACAGGACAGGGCCUGGAGAGCAGGCUGGAGGCCAAGCUAGCGGCUCUGGAGGGUCGUUUACUCGUGACCUUAGAGGAGCUGGGGAACAGCAGUGCCCCCACUCUGCUGGAGGGUCACGCAGUCCCUGCCCUGGAGACAGAGCUGCAGUCGCUCAGGGGAAAACUGAAGGUGGACGUGGACAGCAUUCAGAAGCAUCUGAGCGGCCUUGAGGUUCUCUGCUCCUCCUCCUGUUCCUCAACCCAAACCCCACCUGACGUCCAGAGGGACCCGGCAGAAUGGCCGGACGUGAGGCAGGCGCUGCACGUGCAGGGAGAGCGCCUGGACACGCUUAACGUCACGCUUCAGGGGGUCCUGCAGCGUCUGGCCCUCCGGCAGCAGCAGGACCACGACAGCGGAGAGCUCACCAUCCUCAGGUUCAACUUCCGCUCGGUCAACCGCACCCUGAGGGGCCUUCAGAGCUCCCUGGGGGCGGUCAUCCACAAGGUGGGGCAGGCAAACAGCUCCUGGCACGAGAGGGAGGCCCGUCUGGCCCAGCAGAUGAAGGGCGUGGUCCAGCUGGUGGGGCACCAGGCGUCCAUGCUGGGGGCGGGCGACCGCAGGCUGGCCCGACUGAAGGGGGAGCUGCAGGACGUGAAGCGGCGGCUGGCGGAGGAGGUCCGGGGCUGCCAGAGCGCGGCUAUGGGGGUCCAGAAAGAGGUGACGGAGGUGGGGGGGCGCGUCGCCGCCGUGGAGGGCCGCUGCCAAGGCCUGAAUUACUUGGCAGAAGACCUGGAGGGAAUCAGGGAGGAGCUGGAGAAACAGUCACACGGGCUGAUGGCGCAGGUGAACGGGACGCUGUUCAGCCACGCUCAGCAGCUGUCCGAGCUGAGGAACGAACUCAGGAACUGCAGCGCCAAAGCGGAACCAACAGGGGCCAGUUUGGAGCUGGAGGCGGCGCUGGAGGCGGAGCCGGGCCGAGGCGACACCUUCGCUCGGAAGUAAUUCAGAUCAUGCAAGUGUUUUGGGUGAAAAGGUAAAAUAUCAGGUGUAGUGAGGUCCACUAAAACCUCAUGGGAUGAUUUAAGGUUUAAAACCUGCACUGACAUAAAGAUGAUUUUGUUUCCUGACAGCAUGAGAGAAAACAAAUGGCAGCUAUUCCUGACUGCACAUGUAAAAGUAGAAUGAAGUUGCCACAGUAAGCGUUUCCUGUAAUGUGCCAUCACUUUGAGCCGACAGACUGUUACGCCUAAGCCUGCAAACGUUCCUCGUGUACUGUACGUGUUGUUUACAUGUCUACGUUUUUGUACAGAUUUUUCACUUUUCUAGACUACAAUUAGUUGAGAUGUUAUAGUUUUUUAGCAUAAAUUUCUUUUCUAUUUGUAAUCCUGCAUAACGUGUCCCACAUUAUGAUAUAUAUGUAUAUACAGUUGCAUUUCACACAUUUAUGAUCCAAUAAACAUUUUUACUUACUGA